AUGGAAUUGGAGGAUGAUUCAUCAACUUUGCGAUCAUCAAUACGGAAUCAUCGGUCGUCCAGAUUAAGCACUGCUAGCAGUGAAGCUAGUGAUAAAAGGCGUUCCCUUCGUGGUCGACGUUCAAGUAUGUCUGUAAAAGAAGUUGUAAACGGCAUUGAAAUUACUAAAAACGUGAUUAUUGGGGACGACAUAACUAAAGUAAAUGAAAAGAAUUCUUCCUUUAUGUCUGUAAAAAUAGCUGCUGUGGAUGAAGAGAGGGAACAUUUGAUAAAAUAUAUGAAGAAAUUGAAAAAUGAAAAAAAACAGUGGAAUGAAAUGCUUCAGAACUAUGAUAAGAGUGCCGAUAUUGCAAAGAGUGAAAUGAAUAAGCCGAUUGUACUUAGUCCAAAACGCGUAGAAGAAGUACGCAUUGAGUACUUGGGUGCCAGAGAUGUCCCAUCAUCUAUCGAAAUUGCUCUGGCAAUGAGACCUGCUUUACAGAAAAAGGCUGAAUUACAGGUGUCACAAAACCAAAAGCUAAAAGCUGAGGUAGCUGCUGCCGAAGAGAGAUUUCAUCGGUUGCAGGAGUUAAUCAAAAUUCAGGAGAAAUAUUUGCAUUGCGAAAACAUAGAUGAGCUUCUAGCACAAAAAGCUGAAUGUGAUGCUACUCUCUUGAGAAUUGAAAACUGGAUGGCAAAACAUGGUUUUUCUGAACGUCUUACUGCUGUUUGA